AGAGGUGGGAGGGAGAGCCUUAACAAGGGGAGGAGAAAGCACCGCCAAGACUACUAUAAAACAGAUCACGCAGACAAGAGACCCAAGCAGGACGGGACGGCCGCGCCGCUGGGGAAGCUGAGGCGAGCGGGCAUGCGGCAGUGGGACAGACGCCGGGCGAAGCACCUUGCGGCGGACAGCCAGCCGCCCGUUGUCGCCGAGGAGCAGCCGAAGGCUGAUGCCGUUGGGGAGACAGCUCCUCCGGCACAGAUGAGGGGUGAGGAGAGAGAAGUGCUUCGGGAAGCCGCCGUCCAGGCGGCCAGGCACAGGGGCGGUGGUGUGCUGGCCCCACCAAGCCCCGAGCCCGGGGCGAAUGGCCACGGACAAGAACCGCCACUGCGGCCGUCUGCCAUCUCCGUCCCGGUGGUACUGCCAGGCUCCUGCCAUCCUAUUCCGGGGCUCGCCUCGGUGCCCCAGACAGCAGCAGCCGCCACUGCAGACACGGCUUUGCCGUCGAGCUUGCUGUCCGAAGACCGUACUCUGCCGCUGCUCCGCCCUGGCGGUGGGCGCCUCGGCUUGAUGCGACACCACAACCAAGAGCCCAGCCACUCGGCCCCAGGCGCCAGCUCGCCGUCGGUUGCUGCGCUGGUCCUGCUGGCGCUGUUGCAGAUCAUUCUGGGCUGCACCGCUGUGCUACUGACCUUCGGGGUGCUGUUGUUGAGCAGCUCCUCGCAGUUGAAGAACUCCUGUCCCUUCUGGGCCAGCUGCUCGGUCAUCUUAUGUGGAAUCUUGGGCAUAGUGAUGUGGAAGAAGCCAAUAAUGGUGUUGGCCAAUUUAUUUAUUCUGCUGUCUGCCAUCUGUGUUCUGCUGAACCUGGCUGGAUUUGUACUAGGACACCAAGGCAUUCAGUUUGUGUCCAGUGUACCCAAAUGUGAUUUGGUGGAUGUGGGUGAAAACAAGAUUUGUUUCUGCUGUGAAGAAUUUCAACCUAAUAAAUGCCGAGAAGACAGUGUGUUGAAGCUGUACCAUGUGAAGUCGUGCAGCUUUGCUCUUGCCCGUCUCAAGAAAUUACUCUUUGGUCUUUGUGCCAUGAGUGCUUUUACCGCCAUAGUUUGCUUAUCAGCAGCUCUCCUGCGUUACUUACAGCCGCUUACAGGAAGAGGACUGUACCUAGCUGGAACUCAGACUGAAGACCAAGAUCACAUUUUGGAUCCUGAAGAUUUUAUCCCGCCUGUGCCACCUCCCAGCUAUCUUUCAGCUUUUUUUUCUCGCACCCCACAGAUGAGUUGCAGGGCCCAUAUCAGAAGCGCUGAAGUAUUCUCCUCUGUGGAUCCACCUCCUCCUUAUGAAGCUGCACCAACCCAGAACAACUCUGAGCAGGGAGAUGCAGUACAAGCAAGUGCCUCAGAAGGUUCUGAUUUGUGGGAAGUGAGUGACAGGCAGAGCUCCCAAGAUUUGUGCUAUUCUGACAACUUUUCCAACAAUUAUAUUCCUUAUUACUCCAACGAAGAAACUUCUGAGUCUUCCAGAAGAGUGAGUUUCUCUCUUUCAAAUGCAAGCCUGUUGACUGCAGGAGUGGGCAGAAGAUCCUACCAUCCUUUGAAGAAAUGGUCUAAGAGUGACCCUGUGCUGCACUGUCAGAUGCUUCAAGGGGCAAUGCUACGCUUUAAAUCGAAGAAACACAAUGAAGCAAAUGCAUCGCUCUGUGGUGUCACUCAGCAAAACAGUUUGAGGGCAAGAUUAGCUUUUAGGGGAAGAACUCAGUCUUUGGUGGACCUCAGAGACACGAAACGUCGUAUGAUGUGGAUUGCAAACCGUUCCUGCAGCAUGAGCUCCGACAUGCAUGGACUAGUGGAAAAUAUCAAGUUGGAUGCUGCCAACAGUGACACCCUCCUUGUGCAGGUAGUUCUGUUACUUUGUAUUUAUCAAGUGAUGUGGAAACCCAUUGGCCUUGGUUUGAGAGUGCAUGUUUACAUAUUCCACUCUUUUAUAAUUUGCAUAGAUGAUUUGAUUAAUGCACAGCACAAGUCCAUUUGCUGUGACAAGUGGUUUUGGUCUGAGUUCUCACACAAUGUACCAACAAUUGUAAUACAACCUGAAAACAUGUCUGAUUUACUCUUUUUCCUCCUUUUAAAGGUGAUGUCACCUCCCCAGGUAGCCGUGCUACUGGAUGCCCCUGCGUUACCUGUCAGAUGGCAAGGUGGUUUGCUGCACAUGGAGGGCCAUUGUGACCUGAGUACUUCCACCAAAAAUGAAAAUCAACUAGCUGAGAGGAGGCUCCAGGAAGCACAGCAUGAAUGACCUCAGAAUCCUAUUGAUGUUGUCAGGGAAACCAUCCCUUGGGUUGUUUUCUGUUUAUUCUACAGUAGAGCACUUCUGUCAGACACGUGUGCUGCACAGGAAAAUCGUCUCUGACAUGCAGGUGGAAGAGUGUCAGUCUGAUUUUUCUUAAUAGAUUUUGUAGUAAUCUGAGUGCAUUAAGUAAACUGCAAGACAGCCUUUACUGGGCUCUCAAGUGCAACUGGUCUACAGCCUGUUGCAUCUUUCUAGUCUAUCAGCACUUUGGAUGGCUUUGCUAUUUUGACAAACUGACAAGAGAGACAGAGGAAUGGCACUAGGCUGUGGUUUACCAGUGUGAGGCAAGAACAAUUAACAUAUGUGUGCACUCUGGGUCACUGGAGAGCAGGGCCAGUGUUCAUCUUGUCUGUUAGUGUAGGUUCACUCAUUUUUUUUUUUUUAUUGUAUGUCUUAAAUUUUGCUGGCAUGCAGGAACCUUCCUCCUUAUAGAGGUGCCUGUUGCACACCAGCUGCCAUCCAUGCUGGAGGUACAUCCUUAACCAUCUCAAAUCAUCUGCAGAUGUGUAGAUGACUACCUAACAUUGUUUUGGCAGUCUUGACUACUGGGCCACAGUGACAUCCAUGAGUUGGCAUGCUCUGGCUAAUAAACAAAUGUAUAUGCCAUCUGCCUCAAGAUGUUGACUGCUGAUAGUGUAAGCUCUGUUCUAUACAUAUGCUGAUAAUGUGGAAUGCAUUAAGUAUUUUCAGAGGCUUGGAUCAGGUACACAAAUCUUAUCUGCAAAGCUAGUUACCAAUCCUGUGUCUCAGCAGGACAGCUAAAUACUCCUCUUGCUAUUAAUGAUAAAUCUUCAUUUAAAAACUGUUAAAUACCUUUCUCAUUGGAAAAACAAAAUAGGCUUCUUCAGAACUGAAACUGCAGCAUGGGUUGGCUCUCUAAAGAUGGUAACUUAAAUAAAAUCCCUAUUGCUAUAUCA